AUGGCACCAUUUUCUUGUAAUGGCACCAGAAUCAUCUUGAAUAAUCAAGUUCUGGGUUCUCAAGGUACACAUUUAGAGAUGAAUAAUCGAGUUCCAAAGAUUGAUAUAGAAUCCAUGGAGAAUGUUGAUUCAAGUUCAUCGUCUAAUAAGACGGACGAAUUAUGUUGGGACAUAUUACUGUGGUUAAGAACAGCUGCAUUGGAUCCUUGCAAGCAAAAUCCACCACUGGAGAAACUUAGGAGGAGACAGAUUCUUAAAGCACUGGAACAUAUCUCUCUGAGCACUACUGAAUUUCCAUGGAAAAAGCGGAGACUUGAUCUGGUAGAAAAUAAAAGUGCCAUUAGCCCUCCUCUAGCAAAAACAAUUGAGCAAACUUCUUUUUCUUCUUCAGUUUCAUGCUUAAUCAGUUGCACCGACUCGACUGAGAUGUCUCAGCAAUGUAUUUGCAAACCCAUCUCAGUGGGGUCGUCGAGAUAUCGUAAUGAUCUCUCAAGAAAAAGGGUCCGAGAUAGUCAUUUUGACGGAUUUAAGGAUUCUAUUAGUGUUGCAUUGACUCCAGAAAAGCCAAACAUUCAGAAUAUACUUAUGAACCAGUCACUGAAGGAGAUCAACAAGCUUCCAUUGAAGCGGGUGUGUACGCCUGAAGCUAAGAUAACCACCAAAAUAAAAUCAUAUUUGUCUGACUCUGUUGGUUCAGUAGAUAAUUUAAGUGUGUUGAGUGAAAAUAGUCAAGAGAAACAUAAGACGGCUCAUAGGUCACCCGGGUUACAGAACCAGUCACUGACGAAGAGCAACAGUCUUCCACUGAAGCAGGUGUGUACUCCUGAAGCUAAGAUAACCACCAAAAAGGAUUCACCUUUGUCUGACUCUGUUGAUUCAGUAGAUAAUUUAAGUGUGUCGAGUGAAAAUAGUCAAGAGAAGCAUAAGACAGCUCGUAGGUCACCCAGGUUACGUAACUUCAUUGGUGAUGAUCUCCCAAGAAUUGAAGUUAAAAUUGGCAAGCGUCAUCAGGAUGAGAUCCCAGAUUGGAUUGGGCCGAGGAAAAGUGAUAAUUCCUCAACUGAUGGUCAGGGUGAUUCAUUUGAUUCAAGGUAUUUGGGUACCAAGAUAUGGCCAAUUGAAGGCAAAAGCACAGAAACUAAUAAAGAAGAAGGGAUUGGAAAGGGGAGAUCAAACUCAUGCUCCUGCUACUCAAAGGGGUGUGGAGGUUGCAUCAAACUUCAUGUAUUUAAGAAAGGACUCCAGCUACAAGAUGAUCUAGGAACUGCUUUCUUUACUUGGAAAUUCGGUGAAAUGGGUGAAGAAGUCUCAAAGUCGUGGACAGCAGCGGAACAGCAGUGUUUUGAAACUCUUGUGAAAACAGACCCUAUAACCCAGACCGAUAGUUUCCUGGAGUCUGCAUUGAAGCGAUUCCCUGGAAAAUGCAAAAAGAGUGCAGUCAGUUACUACUUAAAUGUAUUUAUUCCUAGACGCAUGAGUAAACAGACCAGGUUAGCCGCCAAACUUGUAAAUAGCGAUGAUGUUUCCGGGAUGAAGAGUAGUAUCAAACGUGAAAACACCAAAAACUUGAGGGGAGGCCAUUGAGAUGAACACACCACCUGCCAUCAGUUUUGAAAUCUCUGAUACACUCAAUCGAGAUCCAUAACUAUUUCUCUGUUGUCUUGUUGUUGUUUGAUUCAUAGCUACCUCAAUCAAGGUAGUUUAGCUGUACAUGAAGUUCCUCAUAACUUUUAUUCUUAGCUGAAUUGGUACCUAAGUAGUAAAUCAGCAUACUAAUUCUCUCUUUCAUAUUGAGUUUCUUCCCCAUUCUCGUGAGUACUUCAUUGAAUUGCUGUAGAUGUGCAGGAAAUAGUUUCACAACUUGUUUCCUCUUCAGUUUUACAUUACAUAUAAGUAAUGCAUUUGAAGCAACCUUUUUUUUGCAUUCAUAAGGAGAGCUGACGUGGGGAAAACAUAACGAAUAAAGUCUAUGCCAGGAAAGAGAGUUAUGUGGGAAAUGGGAAUGAAGAGUUCCCAAAGAAUUUCUGGGACGCUUUUGAAUAAAAAAAUGGGUCCAUGUGGCAAUUUUUUUUUUCUUUU